ACGCGCGGCAUCAUGGGAUAUCAAAGUCCUCCCGGCGGCGCGGUGCCGCCAUGUCUUCAAGAGAGAAGCGGUUAAUAGCGCUUAUCUCUCUCGUGGUCUGUGCUACCGCAAUAUUCUGUCUAGUUCUGUAUUAUAUUCCAACAUUGGUUUACAUAGCUUUCAUUAUUGGAGUUUGUUGCGUUGCAUGUUAUUAUCACAGCGGAGAAUCUCUUUACGUUAGGUUAGGCCCUCAUCCACGCCGUGGUCUGACAAUUCCACCCGUGCUGCGACGCUGGUUGCCAGGGAUUGCAAACGGAGUACCCACAGCGGGAAGAGUUAGAAGUCGCACCGUCAAUGAUGAUGUUAGGGAAUCAGUAGUAUUUACUGGCCAACGACGUUUCGAUAGCGCUAUUUGUCGGAAAGACGCGACACACAGUGACUCAUUUAUUCUCAGUCCUCGGGAUAUACUCAUGGGAAGUUACAUUGGGAAGGCAAAAAGUCCUGCCUCAGUUGUGGGGAGGCCCCGAGCGGGUGCAAGUUCGGGUGCUAACACCAUCGCACGAGAACAGUUAACUUUACGCGAAAGAUUGGCGCGACCCAACCAGGCUGUCAUUACUCCAAACAGACGACUGUCAUUCGGGGGCGAGCCCCUUGGCACUAUGGGCAGGUUCACCAUCACUCCCCAGCGCCACUACCCCCUCCAGCAGACGGGCACCUCCUCUGUGGGCAUCCUGCCCCCGACCCAGUGGGAUGGCUUCAGAAAGAAGAAUAUUCUCACCCCUCGCAACUCUCCGGCAGUCCACAGUCCAGUCACAGUGAAGAUCGCUAGGCCAGAUCACAACACCACUCAAUCCCAGUUAUUUGAUCAUUUGAACUCCCCGGGAGUCCUUGGCUCUCCAGGCCUGGGGGCCCCUGCAGACCCCUGCUCCAGGGAGACUGUUCUGAGCGUGCUCAAAGAGAGUCGCAAAAGAGUGGUGGAAGAUGACAGGAGCUUCACUGCAGGGCAAAAGAGCAAAAGGAGGCGUCAUGACAGCAGUGGGAGUGCUCACUUGGCAUUUGAGCCACUACUGCCCAAUGGAGCUCCAUCACAGCUGGUGCUGAAUUCUCUGAAGCGAGGGCUGAAUGCUAUGGUGGAGGAGUCAACAAUGAAGAGGUCACGCACCUCCUCCAUCAGCUCUGUGAGCUGUGGCCUGACCCCCAGCGGCACCCUGGGCUCGGUCCGCAACUCCAUCCGUAGCUCCCUCAGCUCCUCACAAGGCAUUACUCAGUGGAAAAAAGCCUCCACCCGCAGUCUCUCCCCACUCUCCAGCCCUGGGUCGUCCCGGUCCCAGACCCCAGAGAGAGCCUCUAAAAAGCCCAGGGAAGAGGACGCUCGCUCACCCAGCUCCGUGUCCUUGGCGAGGUCUGACAAGACGUUGACAGACCCAGCACCAACCACUGGGAAGCUGUCUCCAGCUCCUGAAGUCCCUGUGGCUUCAGCCUCGUCAGACUCUGCCGGUAGUGGGAAACGGAAACGUAAGAUUCCGCUGGUGUCCAGCCGUAGAGGAGACCAAAUCUCUUUGCCUCCACCUCCUGAGUUGGGCUACACCAUCACGGUGAAAGACCUGGAUCAGGAGAAGAAAGCCGCUCUCAGCCAGAUCAACACAGUCCUCAAAGAGCCUGAGCCAGAGAAGCCUGCUCCGGUAGUGACCACAUCUUCUAAGCCUCCCAUGUCAGACAACCCCACACCCACCCUGCUGGCCAGCCAUCUUACCGUAUCAAUGCCUGCUCGUGUGGCGGCUCCUAUCCCUGUCAUCAACCUAGACCCCGUCCCCUCAAACAACAUCAACACGGCCCCAACCUCCACCGCUUUUCCUGUCACCAACACCCCUGCAGCCAACCCCCUCCUGGAGUCUCUGAAAAUGAUGAGGAACAACCCCCUGACCAGUGCUGCUGACAAUCCUACAGCAGUGACGACCCCUGCACCACUGGUGCCUGCAGAGCAGAAGUCGAAGACCAGCUUGACUGCUCCUCAGGCCACCCUACCCUCCCUCUCCCAGCCUGCACCGCCCUCCCUCUCCCAGCCUGCACCGCCCUCCCUCUCCCAGCCUGCACCGCCCUCCCUCUCCCAGCCUGCACCGCCCUCCCUCUCCCAGCCUGCACCGCCCUCCCUCUCCCAGCCUGCACCGCCCUCCCUCUCCCAGCCUGCACUGCCCUCCCUCUCCCAGCCUGCACCGCCCUCCCUCUCCCAGCCUGCACUGCCCUCCCUCUCCCAGCCUGCACCGCCCUCCCUCUCCCAGCCUGCACCGCCCUCCCUCUCCCAGCCUGCACCGCCCUCCCUCUCCCAGCCUGCACCGCCCUCCCUCUCCCAGCCUGCACCGCCCUCCCUCUCCCAGCCUGCACCGCCCUCCCUCUCCCAGCCUGCACCGCCCUCCCGCUCCCAGCCUGCACCGCCCUCCCUCUCCCAGCCUGCACCGCCCUCCCUCUCCCAGCCUGCACCGCCCUCCCUCUCCCAGCCUGCACCGCCCUCCCUCUCCCAGCCUGCACCGCCCUCCCUCUCCCAGCCUGCACCGCCCUCCCUCUCCCAGCCUGCACCGCCCUCCCUCUCCCAGCCUGCACCGCCCUCCCUCUCCCAGCCUGCACCGCCCUCCCUCUCCCAGCCUGCACCGCCCUCCCGCUCCCAGCCUGCCAGCACCAUGCCCUCUGCCUUCACCCAGGCGCUGAGCCAAGUCACCAAGGCCCCCAGCAGUGUCCCCAUCCUGGGUGGAGCGAGCCUGUUUGGAAUGGCCAAUCCACUGACUGCCCCGUCCUCAUCACUGGGCCCCACCACAACCACCACCACAGAAACAACCAGUAGUAAUAAUCCCCUCCUGGCCUCUGUGUUCAAGCCCAUCUUCGGGGCCACGGCCUUAGCCCCAGAGGGAACACCUGCUCUUCCCACCUUUAAACCCAUAUUUGGAAGUGCCACAGCCACCAGUGCUUUCGGACAGCCAGCCUCCACCUCAGCCCCCUCCAAUGCCAGUACGUCUGCCAUAGUGUUCAGCAGGCUAACCAACAGCAGUACAGUGGCCCCAGCCGCCUCCCUGUUCACUGGGCUGUCUAAUAGCACCAACCCAGCCACCCCGCCAUCUGUCAAGUCUCUGUUUGGAAACUGGAGUGCACUACCUGCAACAACUGCUGCCACAACCACUGCCACAGGAAGUACCUUCCAGUUCGGCACCGCCUCCACCACAGCUUCUGGGCCCACUCUCAGCUCCACUGCAGCCGCCACCACUAGCAACAGCGGCUUUUCGUUUGGUGCGAUGACUACCACCUCUGCCACCACUCAACCCACCCCCUCAGCUACCACCCAGGGGGGAUUCACCUUUGGCCAGCCUGUAGCCACCCAGAGCUCUACCACUGCAUCCUUCGGUGGCUUUGGCAUGGCCACUGCAGCCACUGCUACUGCUCCUACACCUGCAAACCAGUCCACUUUCACAUUUGGGAAGUCGUCGUUCGAAGCUCCGGCGGCAUCGGUGUUCCCCGGUGCGAUUCAGGCCCCGGCUGCUACUGCGGCAGCUAAUCCUUUCACAUUUGGGUCACCUGCCACUGGGGCCACCCCUGCCCCCUUUGCUUUUGGUGCUGCUGCCACUACGGCGACCUCUACCUUUGGGACCACCACUAAGCUGGCAUUUGGAGCCAACUCCACAGGUUUUGCAUUUGGCAACACCACGGGCACCCCAGCAGCCCCUGCCUUUGGCUCUGCCACCCAGACUGUCGGCAUACUCCCAGCCUCCGCCCCAACUUUCUCGUUUGGUGGUGUGUCCACACAGCAGGCCCCUGCUACCCCUGCCCAGCCUGCCACCGGAGGAUUCAACUUCGGCGCAGCCAUUUCAGGCACUCAGUUUGGAACCUCUAACCCCACAACACAGACACCAGGCUUCAACUUUGGGACAUCUACCCCUGCUUUUGGCCAGAGCACAGCUGCAGGUCCUGUCCCUUUUGGAAGCCCAGGAACUCCAGUCCAAGGAUUCAGUGCUAUGGGAUCCUCAUCAUUCGGCUCUCCAUCAGCUCCUUCGUUCUCCAUUGGUGCUGGUUCCAAAACAUCAGGGGCGCGCCAGAGGCUACAGGCCCGAAGGCAGCACCCCAGGAAGAAGUAGCCUAGCCAGGUGUGGUAGCAUCUGGCAUAGCCUGGAAGCCCUUACCCAUUCAGCACUGCCAUGACAUCCUCCAGAGGAGCUGAACUGAUACUUCUAUGGCUAACACAUUGUAACCCCAGUCAGACCCAACAGCCCUCCCUAGCUUUCUGUUCCCCUGGCUGGGCUGGCCCCCUUUGUGGUACAGGGUUAGCAGAGGAGCACACACUCCAACUAGGAUGUCUACCGCUCUACUGAUUGUGUAGCCACUCUCACAGUGAGGAAAAGAAAGGGGGAUAUGGAGGCAAAACGAUAGUGUGUUAUACUUGAAAGAGAAAAGACUAUUGAAAUCCUUUAGACUUUUGAGGGAAGCAUAUCCAAUUAAAAAAACCUCUGUCCCAGCUUUUGGAUUUCCCCUACUACGCCCGUUUCAUGACAUGUUUUUGACAGUCGAAUCGAGACGCGUGCUUACACUUGUUUUUGUAUGAAAUUCUAAGCAGGGCUGUGUUAACGGCUAUACAAGGGCUGAACGUGUUUUUCUGACAUAUGCCCACGGUCAAAAUGAGGCUCACGUAUAGUAUCAUUUGUGGAUUUAUCCAGCUAUACAUGGUAACCAUACUAUAUAGGAGAUGUUGACCGUUUUGAGAUGAAUUGUUUAUUUUAAAUUUUGAAGACCUUUUUAAUUUGGGUUAAUGAAGACUGGUAUGUGGCAUCUCUGCACUAGUUAGGCCUUAGCUGUUUGAAUGAGUGCUUUGUGUAUUGGUCCCAGAUAUGUCCUUUUAUUGUACAGUAUCACAGACACUGGGAAGCAUUCCUGCAAUGUAAUUUUUAUACUUGUUUGAUCCUAAAUGACAGAAUAAGGUAAACAAUAAAAUCCUUUAUCAGAAUGCCAUCAUGGGAUCAGUUAAACAUAAUGUGGAGUUUCAGGGUAGUAGUCAUUAAUGGGUCAAUAUUAUGUUGGUGUAAAUAGGUUACCCUGGACUUGUGCUGAAAACCAAAGCCAAUACUUAAGGUUUGACCUACAAAAUGAUCUCUUCUACCGCUUAGUCUAGGACAAAAAGGACCCAUGAAAGGUAUCUCAUUUUCCCCACUACUCCUGGUCUCACCAUAGUGGGGGCAUUCAAAACAGAUCUGGGGACUGGUUGAGAAUCUUAGGAAAUCCUUUUUUUCUUGAAGUAACUUCUCCUGGGGAUUGUAAUACAUUGGCUGGGUAAAAGCAAGCUACUGUACUUUCCACCUAUCCUAACCUAUGUAUUACUACAAGAAAGUAAGGAUGCAUUUUAAAUGUGGUUAUUAAGAGCAGGUGUGCUAUGGGAGGGAGGGGUGUCGUGGUCCUGGAGAGCCAUAGGGAAUGGAGUCUUCCCCAGCACUGAACACAGAUUCAACUAGUCAGUCUUGAUUGAUGAAAACCCUGCUUGAUCACAAACAUCUGGGCAUUGUACCACAAGACCCCAUGCAUCUGUAUACUAUCAAAACCAAGAUGAGUGCAUUUAUAAGAGAAUUGAAUUUGGAGUGUACAUGCUCCCCUCUUAAGCAUUGCAGAUAGACAUACUUUACGUGCGCCUUCAGCAGUCAAACCGCUUUCCCCUCCCCUGUAUGAUUCCCAUCAAGUCUUUUCUGGUGUUUUUAGCUUGUUACUAUUUUUGCCUCGGUGAGUCUGGCUUGGAGGAAGUAAUGUGAUGAAUGGCGGCAUAUUGCUAGUGCCGGACGUGGUUUAGCCCACACGCUCAAUGGGUGAUGUUGAGUUUUGUUGGGACUUUUUAACAAUUUAUUGAUGAAUGUGUUUGAGUGUGACAAUACAACUGGAUUAACAAAUGUGCACAGCAGGAGAGGUGUUCUUUUCUUUAAUGCUGGAUCAAAACUCAGGACUAAAGGAACUGGAGGGUAAUUGUCUUUCAAGUCAAACCUAACCUCUUUGUAAGUCGCUCUGGAUAAGAGCGUCUGCUAAAUGACUUAAAUGUAAAUGUUGUGCGCUAAACAUGACUAACCAUGUAGGUUAAAAUUACCUCGGGUGUUGAAUCGGUUCUUAAUUGGGCCGCCCCUCUUGAGACAGAACUAGGAUUUUGAAUACUAAUUUUUAAUCGGAACCUCUCCUGGUCGAGCCAAUUAGGCUAGAGGUGUGUGAAUGUGUGUGGGGGUCAUGAUUUGGCUAAAUAGUGUCAAUGUACACAACCUUUAUUUUUGUAUUAAGGCAGGUUGCCUUUUAGAAUUCCUUCAAGCUUGGCUCACUGAGACAAUUGGUCUAGUUUAUAGAAUUUUUCUAGUUAAGGUUUCCUCAACCGUAAUGAAAUUGUGGAAUAAAAAGCGUCUAAAAGUU